GCAAGAGCAAUAUACCUCCUGAUGCUUAUGUGUAAUUUCUGUUUAUAAUAAAUCCAAAUAUGGUAUGCAAUACAAUCAUUUUUAAGGAAUUAUAGUGGAGGAAAAACAGUGAAUGAAAAUUGCCCUGUCAAAUCUACUCGAUUACCUACUGCAAUGAUGUCGAUGGUAUCACUGGUCUUUGAACAAAAGUCUGGCGGGUGAUGUUAACCAAAUCAUUGCUAAAAUUAAUAUGGCUAGUAUAGAAGAGUUCAGUGAUCAGUGCAAAUGGUAUUUUGAGAAGGCCAUCAAGUAUUCAACAGGUUCCGAAACCGAAUGUUUGUCAGAGAUGGAAUCUAAAAUCUGCGGUAAAGCUAAGUACCUUCUAGAGUUACACAGAAACAAUGUAGGUGUUAAGAAUAUUGGGACAAUUGCUUCCAAAAACUUUGUACUCCUGGAAGCCGGGGAACCAAUAGUGGCUAAGAUUUGUGAUUAUACAAGCAGUUUUUGCUCAAUCUCUUCAGAUCGCUCACUAUAUAGCACGAGUAGUGAAAAAUGCGAUAGUUUCGGAGAAAUAUCGUUCUCCUACGAGUAAAGUAUUUGUCUAAUGUAGAUAUAUAUGCAUUUAUAUGAGUCUAU